UUCUUGAAAAUAGAAUUACUCUUAUAGUCGAGGAAUUUAAUAAAAACAAAAUAAAAUGAAAUUCGUUAUAAAUUUUUUGGCAUUACUUGCCAUCAGUGCAGUAGUAUAUGGUGCAGAUUCAGUGACAAAGGAGCCAGUGCCAAUUAUAUCACAAGAAUCCGAAGUGUUAUUUGAUGGUUCAUAUCAUCAUGCUUUUGAAGCAGGAAAUGGUAUUCAACAACAAGCAGAAGGAAAACUAAAGAAAAUCGAUGCUGAAACAUCUGCUGAAGUAUCACGUGGUAGCUACUCAUAUCCAGGUGAAGAUGGUAAGCCAGUAGUAGUAGAAUACAUUGCUGAUGAACGUGGUUUCCAACCAAGUGGUGAUUCUAUUCCCAAAAUUCCUGAAUUAAUUGCACGUGCUCUUAAAUGGAUUGAAGACCAUCCAACACCACCACCAAAACCUUGAACCCAAUCUUCGGUUCAUUAGAUUUUGAAAAUUGUAUUUUUUAUAUAAUUGUAAAU